AGAACACAUGAGUGUGCCACAUGUUUUCUAGUCUUCAAGGCAAAAGAGUGACAUAUAGUGAUUUUUAAGGUUUGUUUGUUUUGUUUUAGACAAGAGUUAAAAUGAACAAGGUCAAAAUUGUCAGGCCAGAGGAGAGCCAGCCAGCACAUGCAAUAUGGUUUGACAGAAAGAAAUAUGUCACCGUCAACUUCCUGGUUCAGAAACCUAAAGAUGUCCAGGUUGAUAUCCAACCAGACAAAAUGAUUUUAUGCUGCAAAAAUGAUGUCGAUGACGUGUUCUACAAUGAGCUGCACUUCUUUGAAAAAGUCCAAAUCCAUGACUCUAGAGAAAGAGUGUACGACCGCACCAUCAACAUCCUGCUCAGAAAAGUCAAGCCUGAUUAUGCAUGGCCUCGUCUCCAGAGGGAUGAAGCCAGGCCUAGUUGGAUUUCUGUAGACUUUGAUAACUGGAGGGACUGGGAGAAUGAGGAAGAUGAUGGAAAGGAAGAGUACGACAGAUACAUGGAUAUGAUUCAAGAAAUGGCAAGCAGUAACAAAGGAGCAGCACCAGAUAUGGGUGAUCUCAGUGAUUCUGACUGAGUCUUUCAGAGCAGUCUUCUGUAUGUUGGACAUCUCUUGGACUUUUUUGCUCUGGAUACUACAGACAGUACUACGUUUGCUAAAGCUUGUAAUAUUUGCAGACAAUUUAAUACAAUAUUGUUCAAAAUGUUAUUUUUACAUAUGUGAUAUUUUCUAUGUGGUUAUUUAUUGACAAAUGACACUAUCAUAGCAUUGUUCAAAGUAAUAGUAAUUUAAAAAAUGCAUCAACUAUGCUUUGAAAAUUGUGUUUUAUAUUGUUUGGAGUGAUGUUAUUUAUGUUUUAUGAGUUUUUGUAGGAACAUGGCUUAAUCAUGAUUGAAUGGUGCCAUCUCCUGGAUAUAUAUUUCUUUAUCUCCAGAAGAUUGUACGAGGUCACAGCAAUCCACAGACAGCAGCCAACUUAGAAUGCUUUUGUGGCAGCCACUAUUCUCCUCAAAGUUGAGGGGGAUUUACCCCCUUCCAACAUUUCCUGAAGGAAUAGGAGGGUAUCAUGAGUGGUGCAGGAGAGAGCAUCCACCUGUCUCCAACCACACCAUGCCUGAGACACUUCCCUGUGGUGGAUAUAUACUGUUCUAGUUGAUGAAGCCAGAAUUUCACAUUGAAAUUCUGAAAUUAGCAAAUAUUAUGAUCUGGAGUAAAGUAUUUUAAAAAAUUAUUCAGUGAGAGCAGAAAAUAAUAUCACACAUAUAAAAUGUAUAUGCCAUUUGACACAUAGAGACCCAGACAGCCACCACUGACCAAAACCCUCUGCUGAUGUAAACUGUUUAAUCCCUGCUGAGCC